AUGGUUCGGGAGAGGAGCGGCACUGUGGCGGUGCCGGCUCGCCCGGUGCUGCCCACGAGGGCGACGCUGUCGGAGAUCAACGCCUACAUCGUGAGUCGCUUUCCCUACUACGAGCACAAGAAAGGCUGGCAGAACUCGAUUCGCUACAACCUCUCGCUGCACAGGUGCUUCGUCAAAGUGCCGCCGGAGGGCGGCAACAGCAGAGGCAACUGCCGGAGUGGCUACCGCAAAGGCAACUACUGGAUGCUCGACCCGAAAUAUGAGGCAAUGUUCGAGAACGGCAACUUCCGACGUAACGGGCGCGUGAAGUGGUCGCCUUGGAGGUGUCCCGGGGCGGCGACCUCCUCCGCACUGCCCUCGGGCACCGGUGCCGUCUACCGCCCACACUACGCGCACCGGAACGACCGCCAGCAGCCGGUGGCACCCCAGUUGCAGGGCGCCCCCGUCGCGUUACUCUUGGGGCCCGCGCAGCUCCAGGCAGCAGCUCCUGCCGAGAGCGGGGGCGGAGACUUCGGCACCGGAGACGGAGCCGUAUCACCUCACGCGACCCUGCCAAACGCGGCGUACGAGCAGAGGUCUAUUCAACCUUCUGAUGGGAAUGACAGUGCUUCAUUUGAAGAAAGUAAUCACCAAGAUGUGGCACCUGAUGAUGUGGUUGUGGAGCAAGAGAAGCCAACACCCUUCAUCAGUUUUUCCUCAGGAAACGAGAGUUGGAUACAGGUUACAAAGGGCUUUGAAGUACGAAGGAACUUCAUUUAG